CUUAACGGAUUGCAAUGCUCGGAUGCAUUUUUGUAUACAAUUUGUAUUAAACAGUUAUUAAAAACAAAAAAAAAAACAAUGGAGCGUUGUUGGAAAAGUGAAAAUAAACCGAUUUUAGCGAAGAGUGCUUUGCACUCCGGCGAAUCAAAUGAGAAGGAAACCAUCAUAUUAAGCAACUGUGAAUUAGAACAAAGUGAUAUUGAUGUGGUAACGCAAAAUUUUUCUUAUGCAACGUAUUUGGAUUUGUCAUACAAUAAGAAAAUAGCAUCAAAUAAAUUCCUACUGACCCCUACAACGCUGUACCUUAAGGGCUGCACGAGUUUGCAUGAAAUAAAGUACAACUUCAGCACGUGCACGCUGAAAGUACUAGAUAUUUCAGGCUGUCCCAUUGACUAUCAGGAACACUUCACGAACUAUGACUUUCCGAUGCUAGAAAGUCUUACGCUCAGUUGGCAAAAGGUGGAUUGGCAAAAGCUGCUAGGAAAACUGAGGGCGUUGAAAAAUCUAACGCUGGAAAAUGUUAGCAGUCAAACUAUACAACUCACAAGCGCAAAAGAAAACCCACAAAGCUUCGAAACAUUGCUACUGGCGCUGUCCGAUUGUAAAAAUAUCAAAUCUGUCACUUUUGGUAGCCUGCUUAGUGUGCAUGAUAUUGGUCACUUGAGCAAGUUGAUUGACAGAAAACUGUCAUUUCAUAUUAAAAAGGAAAGCGGUCAAAAUUUAAGCAUAUUGCAUAACUUACAAAACUUGGACACGCUCUAUCUGGAGUACGUCAAUGAUGUUAAAGAUGAUGAUUUGUUAAAUUUGAUAAAAAGUUGCGCAAACUUGUCAAAAAUAACAUUGGAUUAUUGUGAUGGCGUGACAAGGGAUUUCAUAUUCAGCGCUGCUGAGUUCUUGCGCGAACGCGAUAAAGACGAGCCACUAAAGGCGCGUCUCAACCUGGAGAUGUGUGGCUGCGCUGGCAUUACAGAAGAAAUACAGGAGCAUCCUCUAUAUGCGAAAGCUGAAUCCGCUUUGAGCUUAAUAUUAUUCUUCGAGUGCAAACAUCCAACAACUAGCUACAGAAAUGACCUCAUCGUACCCUAUCCACCGCCAAAUGUACAACUGAGCAUUUAUGUACUCUUCGAAAUCUACAAAAAGCUCAUAAACCUACCGGUUGCACAGCGAUUCGCCACCGUUUGUGAAGAUUUCGAAAACGCAGCCAUCGAAGAGGAGCGACAUCUAAAGAUAAUCGCUUGUCGCAAAGCGAAAAUCGUACACAAUGACAUCUAUGAUGCUUACUUGGAGAUUACGUCUGAAAGCAAAGAUUUUUUCCAAGAACUCUGCUGUGAAAAUGCAACAAAAAUGGCGCUCAAUAAUCGUGUAAUCGUCUUUGAUAAGAUACUUGAUGAUUUUCCAAAACUGAAGCGCUUAAGGCUCAUAAAUUGCUUUAUCGCUGAAGAGGAGUUUCCUAUGAAUAAGCAAUAUAAUAAUAUCAGCGAUUUGGAAGUAUUGGGUGCAAAUGCUUUUCGACUGUGGCAAAGCAUAGCUAUACUUUUUCCGAAUGUCGGCAUAGUAAAUCUAAUGGAUGCUGCACUCGAGAGCCCUUUGGAGAUAACGAUGUUUAGAAUACCACGUUUUAAAGAGAACAUAGUCUUCCAAAAUAUCACGAGGUUCACUGUGAUUGGCAAUAUUUUGUGUGAUGAGGAAGGGGAGUUCCUAGCUAAUCUAACACAACUGAAAAAUUUCUCUAUUGUCAGAAACUCAAAAGUUACAGCAAACAUAUCGCCGAGCUCAGCAGCAUCGAGGAGCUCCAACUGAGUUACUGUGAGAAUUUGAGCCACUACUACUUAGCAGACGUGCUGAGUUCUUUAUCACUGCGGUCGCUUGACAUGCGUCACAGUAGGUUCGUUGAU